AUGGAUGACGACGAGCAGAAAGGAUACACCUGGGAGGCCGGUUAUGCGGAAGGUUUGAGAAAAAUGGUGCAUCACGGUCUCCAGAGCCACCAACUGGCGUUUUCAUCGGCUGAGCGCUUUUUCUCGAAUUUUUGUGGUCGAAGGCGAUGAAUAAUGAUAGUUUAACAUGAAAACACAAUAUUUCUCGAAAAUUCUGACGUUUUGGUGCAUUUUUCGCGGAUAUCGCUCUUUCGUUUUCCGCCGAAAAUCGCACUUGCGAUUUUGCGCAUUAUUAACUGUUUUGCGACAAAAUUGGUUUUGAGAAUGAUAACUCUCGAACAACAGAAAUUCACGCAAUUUUAGCGGAGCAACUUCAAACGAAUAAAUUUGACGGUCUUGCGCUUAAAAUGUUCGUCUUGGCCUAUUCAAUUGUUAGAGAGAAAGAGAUAAAUGAGUAGUUAUUGAAUUUUCAUGGCGAAUUUCGCAAAAAAACAUAAAAUUCGCUGUUAACAUUUGAAUUUCGCGCGAAAAUGUCGAUUUAUUUGGCGGGGCGCCCAUUGCAGAGCUCUGAAGACUAGGGAUGCAGAACAGGCGAUUUUUGGCGCCUGUUCUGCCAGCCAAAUGGAGACCAUAAAGCAGAUAAUUUUAGCUGAAAUUUCCGCGAAAAUUUGCAACUUUAUAGGCCUGAACAUCAACGAAGUGCUCGUGGAGGACGAGGGCGGAUCCAUCGAAAAAUCGAUUGCGAAAUAUGUGGCGGACAGUAAAAAGAAGGCGAGAUUGGCGAAACGGCCCGAGAGAAUUCGGCUUGGAAUUGUAAGAGACUCGGGAAAUUUACUUUAAAAAAAGCGGUUUUUCCAGAUGCGUCACGUGAUGAUCGUGAUUGAUUGCUCGCGGUUUAUGACGAGCAAAGCGAUGCCGCCCUCGAGAUUCGUGGCCGUUAUGAAGGUUAAAAUCUCUGUGUUAGGCCAGCAAAUAUCAAAAUUUAGGCCGUCCAAGUGUUCCUCGAUCGGUUUUUCGAGCAAAAUCCGAUUGCACAAAUCGGACUGAUCACGUGCAAAGACCGGAAAGCGGAACGAUUGACCAUGAUGACGGGUUAGCUCGCAAAAAUGUGAUCUCCUGAACAUUUCUGAUUUUGUCAAUUUUUUUAUUCGAUCCAGCAAAAAUAGCCGGUAUCAUUUUUCAGGAAAUAUCCGAGUGCUCAAAGAAUCGCUGAAUUCGCUGACAGAAGCCUUCUGCGGCGGCGAUUUUUCACUUCAAAAUGCACUUCAAUUAGCGUGUGCAAAUCUAAAGUGAGUUUUAGAAGUUUUUGUAAAUUUCACUGAAUAAUUUGAAUUGCAGAGGAAUGCCCGGCCACGUGUCACGAGAAGUGGUCAUUAUAAUGUCGGCACUUUCCACAAUCGAUCCGGGCAACAUUUUCAGCACGAUUGAGGUAAUUUUUGACUGGAAAAUCGGAAAUUUUCAAGCGAAACUAUUUUUAGACACUAAAACGGCUGAACAUCCGUUGCUCGGCAAUCGGACUCUCCGCCGAAAUGUUCAUUUGCAAAGAGAUGGCCAAAGCGACGAAAGGUUUGUGCGGAGAUUUCAUUUUACAAAAAAAAAAGAGAAGAAAUUUCAGGAGACUAUUCUAUUGCCCUCGACGCGGACCACCUCCAACUGCUGCUCUCGAAGCACACGCUCCCGCCGUCGUCGGCCAAAUCGUCCGAGUGCAAUGCGAUCCACGUCGGAUUCCCGUAUCACGAACUCGUCAAAACGCGCUCCCUUUGUGUUUGGUGAUUAUUCUGAAAUUUCAUCUCGAAUAACGGGAUAUUGGUCACGUUUUCCCCCAUUAUUCCAUAUUUUCAGCCAUCCCGACUCGAAGCCGAUCUCGUCGCGCGGCUUUAUUUGCACACAAUGCGGCGCCCGUCACUGCUCGAUUCCGGCCGAAUGUCCCGUCUGCAAACUGACACUCGUGGCCGCUCCUCAGUUGGCGCGCGCUUUCAGACAUUUACAGCCGCUCCCCGCAUUUGAGCAGACCGAAGUGGCCAUGAAAGCGUGAGUUUUAUGGAGAGAAUUAUCACCGAGAUCAUUGCGGUUUGCACUGCAAACAAGAGUUUCUCAACAGAGCGCGUUUGCAGUUGAAUGAGCCAAUGGACAAUCUUAUUUUCAGAGUGUGCUACGCGUGCGAAACACGUCUGAACGGCGAGGGCUUCCGCUGUGAAAAGUGUCGUCUCGUGUUCUGUCUGGACUGUGACACGCUUCUUCACGAGUCAUUGCACGUGUGUCCCGGAUGCAAUUGA